GAAUUCUCCUCGGUUCCUCAGUCCACACACAUCUGUCAAUAUCCAAGUUUUGCUUACUUUUGCUGUUUAUGUCCAGAAAAACAUACCUUUUUAACACAAGUUUAGAGAAAAUUAUCGUCACAAUACCAUAUUUCCAAUAUUAUAUUUCCAGUCAUGAUUUUUGUAAUCAUGGAAGAAUUCUUGUCCUCAUUAGUGGACUUUUUGUCCGUUAUAUCCGUUUUGUGUAAAACUCUCCCCUAUCUAUCGAUCCUAUUAUUGGUAAUGGUAGGUAUCAUAAAUUUCCAGAAUCCUGGCAAAAUUGAUAAGCGUGCAAAAAAUUCGGCUAACUCUAACAAACCGAAAAUAAACCCCGAAGAUUCAACAUUUUUUAAAACGUUGCGCCAAACCCGACCCGAUUUACUCGAUAAGAUCGACUUUCUCCAGGAGCAUGUCGUCUUGCCUUAUCUGAACCGGAAUGUGUACUGGAAUGCGGGCCAGUUCGAGGAGAAAGUGUCGCGAGGUUUAAUCAUUCAUGGGGACGAUGCCGUGACCGCGAAACAAUUAGCGCAGGCUUUAGCGAUCGAACUAUUUGACAUGCAUGAUGUCCCUGUACUCGAUAAAGUGUUGUAUAAAUUGUUUCGUGGAAAGUUUGACAACAUUUAUCACGUGGGCAAUUCGACUAACCCAUUGAUUCGAAGGGAGAGUUUGGAUGAGGACAUGAUAAGUCUAUUCAAGGCGGCAAGCGAUAAUCCAUCCGCAUUGAUAUUCGUGACAGGUGUCGACACCCUGCUGGGGGAGGAGGAGGAUGGAAAAAGUGAUAAGUCCCCAUUGCACAUCCUGACAGAAGCUUUUUCCAAAAAAUUGGACCAACUUUACCUCGAAGAAGAGAUCUUUGUCGUUAUUCAUGUAAACAAACUGGAAGACAUCGAUAUUUCCCGGGGUUUAUCACCUUUCCGGAAAUUUCUUCACCUCCCACUAAUUAAAACUGCAAAGGCACGACGGGACGAGUUAGCCUCGGAAACAGAACACUGGGCGAAUAAACCGAGCACGGAAAUAUUGGACUUGAUGGCUGAGAGAUGUAUGUCAUUCGGCGAGGAGGAAAUUGAUAUCGGAAUAGCAGAACUUUGCGCAGCCGCAUACCGCCAAAGUUUGAACCGAUUUGUGCAACAGGAUGGAUUUAAUCCGGCAAAAACCCGGAUUCGUGACGAGGACAUUAAUCCAUCCAUUUUGGAUUGGGAGAAGGCAUGGACCGAGGUUUGCCAAAAAAUUGAAAAUGUUCCCGUGAAAGGGGAGGAUUCUGGAAGUAAAAAUGAGCAGAUUGAAGCAGAAGACUGGGCGAUUUUGGAAACGCCACAAGUGGUCGCGGAAGCCCAGGUGACAUCUGGGGAUUAGAAUAGGGGGGGGGGAAUGUCUGGACACUCUUAGAAAUGAGUUCACACACCUCCAUUAAAGUAAAGUUGUAAACAAAUUAAAACUUCGAACUAAACCAUCAACAGUAAAAGGAAGAGAUUAAUGAUCUCGGAUUAUGUUAUACGUUGUUAUUUAAAUAAUAAUAAUAAUUUUAUAUUAAGGAAAUCCUUAAAUACCUUGAUCGUAGUGACCAAGGUAUUCAAGGAUAUAUUUAGGUAUGUAACUUAAAAUUUAUAAGUUUUGUAAAAUUUUUAAUCAAUGAGGCGUCGCAGAUCUCACUUAAUGACAAAAAUUUGUAAUGUAAUUUCCCUUAGAAACAUUUAUAUGUAAAGGAUUUUGUAUAUAAAGUUACGAGCGGUUGCGUGAAUUGGUUCAUUAUUAUUAGUUGAGACUGAUAUAUUUAUAAAUGCACAAAAUAGAAAAAAAGUUUCCAUUAAUUAGAUAUGUAGAAGAUAAUUUAUUAAGUAUUUAUUUCAAAUGUCAUGAUUACCAUGCAUGCCUAAUAUCAAAUAAAUCUGUUUUUAACUAGCGGAAA